AUGGGAGGCUUCCGAUUACAUCUGCCUGACGAGCUGGCCAUGACGCUGUCAAGUCAAUGGCCGUGUAGGGAGCUCCAGAUUUGUCAACUUGCUGGUCUAUUAAGUCCUGCGCUCCCUUCUCCGCCAGCCAUAAUUGUUCACGGUCCUCAGAACUCUGGCAAAUCGAGUGUUUUGGCUGCGCUUCUGGCUGCCUAUAAUGAGCCUCACACAGAGGAUACAGCUCCGAAUAGUCAUCUCCCAUGCGCUGUUGUGAAGUGCGCCGAGUGUAUUACAUCGCGACAUCUUUUGGGGAAACUUGUGGCUACUGUAGUAUCGAGCGCGUCUACUUCAGUUUCGUUUCCGGAUGAGCACGCUCGGCGGGCUUGGAUGGAACACACACUUUCCAAAGCCAAGUGUGAUCAUAUAAGUCUGCUACCAGGCGUGCUCAGGGAUGUUUUGGAUAGUGCAGAAUGUGGGAAAUUUGUACUGGUGAUGGAUGGUGUGGACAAUUUAAGGGAGGGCGGUCAGGUGCUUCUGGCUGCUCUGGGCAGGUUGGGGGAAUUGGUCCCAUCGAUUUGUGUUGUAUUCGUCAUGAAUGCCUCUCCCCGACCCCUCUUGUUACAGGUCGCCGGGGUACCUCAUGUCUAUUUUCCGCCGUAUUCGCGGAACGAAGCCAUUGCGAUAGUUUCUGGCUCCCAGCCACCUGAACUGCCUGACUUACCUCCGGAAGCAGCCAUGAAACUGUACCCUCCUUUCUUAUCAACAGUUUACGAUUCACUCAUCGGGCCGACAGCUAGCACAAUUCCCGUUUUCCGAUCCGCAUGUGAAAAGCUGUGGCCCCGAUUCGUUUCUCCCAUAACUAAUAAGGAAAGGCCACCAGGAUUAAACCCACGGGCACAAUGGGAUUUUUCCAGACUACUUGUUCGGAAUAGAGCUUUAUUCCAACAGCAGGGUGAAGACGUGCUGGUCCAUCACAUUAUUUCUGACAAUCCACUGUCCGUAACAACCAACUCAGCAACAUCGACAUCAACCAAACCAUAUUCCAUCCCAAAAUCAUCUUCACCUCCAACCCCCGCACUCCCCUACCUCCCGACGUUAGUCCUCACAUCAGCCUUUUUGGCAGCGCACAUCCCUCCCCGCCUCGACACAAUCUUCUUCUCAAAAUUCUCCUCAUCCUCCCUUUCCGCCCGAAACAAGCGCGCCCACCACCGGAGACGCCUUAAAGUCCUCUCUCAAUCCGAAUCCCACAACCAAAACCCCGACACCACCGAACCAUGUACCUCUUCAAAAUCAACAGGCAAGAGGCAAAAAUCGCGACAUACAAAAAUCACAAAAUCAGCACUCUCAUCAGCACUCGCAUCCUCAUCCUCUGCUGCAAGCUUCAUCAAUCCACGCCCUUUUCCCCUCGAACGCCUUCUCGCCAUCUACCGUGCCAUCGACCCGAACCCACCCACCCCACCUUCCACCACCAAACCCAUCGCGGACAUGAUAUAUCCGGAACUAGCCACACUGCAGCGUUUGCGGCUGCUUGUCCCUGCCUCAUCUGGAAGUGGUGUCGACGGCACGGAGAAGUGGUGUCUCAAUGCGAGUGUGGCUGUUAGCUCGAGCUUCGCAGGGCCGAGUGAGUGGAUUGCGGAGAUGGCGAGGGGGAUUGGGGUUGAGGUUGGAGAAUAUUUGGCCGGAGGAUUAGAUUGA